AUGGACUCGUUAAAGACUCAAGAUGCGACAGAGGUCGAAUGUCCCGUAACCUUGACUGAAGGGUUUGGCAGCCUUGAGGUACUAGGAGACGCGUCGCCUCGUUCCAGAGGCACUACGUACCGUCGCUGGAGUGCUCUAGGUCCGGCUGACUUCCGUUGUAUGACCGGCACAAAGAGAAGAGCUGAGACCACCUCCGUCCGCCUCACUGUUCCAACGUCCUUCAAGCCCGCAUACAUUCAACAAUUGAUCAUCCUCCCACACAAACCGUUCAGCUCGGAGGCUCUCAGAGGAACAAGCAGUCACGGCCACCAACAACUGAGGCUUAUCGUCUGGUUCAAGCGUUUCUCGUGGAAUUCCGGCUAA